AUGAAGGUGGCGUUACUCAUCCUGACUGCUCUCAGCGCCUACUCAACAACAAACUCUACAGGACUGCGGGGUGCCUCCAACUGUUUCGGGCUUCGCCUUCUGCCAGUCUUACCUCGACCAAAGGCGGCACCAAAUGUGUUUUAUUCUCCGUACAGUUUGUCCGCCGCCAUGGGAAUGAUCUACGCCGGAUCAAGAGGCAGGACGCAGGAAGAGCUGUACUCAGUCCUAGGCUACAAGUCGGCCCAUAUCGCGAAGGACAGAGUGCUCGAAGAGCAUGGAAUUUACGCCCAAAAUCUGUUCCCGCCAAAUCACACGAUGGUGAGCAAGAGAAACGCGGCUGUACUCAGCCAAAGCUUUGAAUUCCUUGGCGACUACGUGGAUGACCUGAGAAAUGCGUUCGACGCUCACAUUAUGAACGUUGACUUCCAUAAGGACGGAAGCAGUGUCGUCCGUGACAUUAACCGGUGGAUCUCUCGUGAAACUCGAGGUUACAUAAAACACUUGUUCAGAAGCCCUUUCCCGCGUAGUACCAAGCUGGUACUCUUGAACAUCAUCUACUUCAAGGGCAUUUGGAAGACUCGAUUUGACAAGUCGGAGACAACCAAGCUACCCUUCUUCAAUGAUGGCAAAACGAAGGUGCCUGUGGAUAUGAUGUGCGGUCGCAUGAAUGCCUCUCACGGAUAUUCCGACGAACUGUCCUCCGAAAUUCUGGAUCUGCCCUUCGAAGGCGGGGACUACAGUAUGACAAUUAUUCUUCCGUUACAUAGAAGGGGUGUCAAGAAUCUGAGGCACCUUUCGCCGCGUUCCCUCCGAGCUGCACUGCAUAGCUUAUCCACGAGGAUCGUUAAGGUGUACCUUCCGAGGUUCAACUUCACGACCAAGUACUUCCUGAGAGAGGAGUUCGCGAAACUGGGCUUGACGAGAGUCUUCGAUGCCCACAAAGCCGAUCUGUCGGGCAUGACGGGCCACGGAUGCGACCGCCUGCACGUGGACGAAGUGGUGCACAAGGCUGUCAUCCACGUGGACGAGAGCGGAGCCACGGCCGCCGCAGUCACCGGAACGACAGUGCAGAAGUCUCACUCGAUUCCCCACGUGUUCCGCGCUCGUCACCCGUUCCUGUUUCUCAUUCGAAAAAGUAACGACAACAGCAUCCUCUUUGUCGGAGAAGUCAACAGGUUGUGAUUCACCGCACG